UCUGAGGGAAAACCCUAGCGAGGUCGAGCCACGCUAUCUCGUCGGGAGCCGGUUCUACACUCUCAGAGAGAAGGAGAAUCUCAACCAGGCUGCUGACAGUGGAAUCUUUCAGCUUGCAAAGAAAUUGUCUGAUAUAUGGGGAAUUAAGAGGAAGGGAGAUGUGGUCGGGGGUCAGACAGGGGUACCGUCUGAUCCGGUGUAUUUGAAGGAUAUCCUUAGAGAGUUUAAGGGGAAGCUUUAUGUUCCGGAGGAGGGUUUUCAGGGUGCGUUUAUCAGAAGAGGAAGAAUUUGAUCAUAAUUUGCAGGAAUUGCCGAAGAUGAGUUUCGAGGAUUUCCAGAAAGCCUGGAAGAGUGAUAAGAUCAAGCUGUUGACUUCAAAAUCGGUGGCUGGGGUUGAUUCCGAUUAUGGUUACCGCAAUUUUGUCGUGGAUUUGAAAGAAAUUCCAGGCGACAAGCAGUUGCAGAGAACCAAGUGGGCGAUGAACUUAACCGAGAAUCAAUCACAAACCCUCUUGGAGGAAUACAGGGGCCCACAGUAUGAAAUUGAGAAGCAUACUACGAACUCGUUCAUUCGGUGGAUUGCUCUUUUUGGUUGGUGUUCAUUCAUUAUAUUGUUUUUGAUAGGCAAUGAUAAUUUUAUUGAAAAAGAGCGCUGAGAUGGUGCCAAAAAG